CCGGAGCGUGUAUAUAAGCGGCUGCCCGCAGGCUGGGUCUCAGCUUCUCCUGCGCCCACACGUCCUGACAGACAGACAGAGAGAGUGCAGAGAUGACCAUGAGCUUCGAAUCCACUCAGACCUCGUCUUACAGAAGGAGAUUUGGGGGUCUCAGCACCACCCCCGGGAGCAGAUACAGCUUCACUAAGAGGUCUACUCUCCCAGUGUCCUCCAGAAGCUCUGUGGUCCGAAUGAAACAACACGUUAACUACCCAACUAAAGUUGCAGGGAUGUACCAGGAGAAGCUCAACUUCUCACUGUCGGACGCCCUCAAUGCAGAGUUCAAGGAGACUCGAACCAACGAGAAGUUUGAGAUGAUGGAGCUGAACGACCGCUUUGCCAGUUACAUCGAGAAGGUGCGCUUCCUGGAGAACCAGAACCAGGUCCUGGUCACCGAGCUCAACCAGAUCAAGGGGAAGGAGCCCAGCCGGCUGGGGGAGAUGUACCUGGACGAGAUCAGGGAACUGCGGCAGCAGAUGGACCAGCUGAACAGCGCCAAAGCUCGCCUGGAGAUCGAGAGGGACAGCCUGCUGGACGACCACAACAACCUGAAACAGAGGUUACAAGAUGAGAUGACUCUCCGUACCGAAGCUGAGAAUAACCUGGCCGCAUAUAAACAGGAUGUUGAUGAUGCUGCCUUGGUUCGGAUUGAUUUGGAACGGAAAAUCGAUUCCUUGCAGGAUGAGAUUGACUUCUUGAAGAAGGUCCAUGAUGAGGAAAUCCGGGAGCUGCAGGAGCAGCACCAGUUGCAGCAGGUCCAUGUUGAGGUGGACGUCUCCAAGCCAGACCUCACCGCUGCCCUCAAGGACAUUCGCACCCAGUAUGAAUCUGUUGCCUGCAAGAACAUGCAGGAGGCAGAGGAGUGGUACAAAGCCAAGUUCUCCGAUCUGAAUGACGCUGCGACUCGCCAGGCUGAAGCUCUGCGUCAGGCCAAGCAGGAGGUGAACGACUAUCGCAGGCAGAUUCAGUCCCUGACGUGUGACCUGGAAGGUCUGAAGGGCACGAACGAGUCAUUGGAACGCCAGUUGCGUGAGAUGGAGGAGCGCUUCAAUUUUGAGACCAACAAUUACCAGGACAACAUCGGCCACAUGGAGACUGACAUCCAGAACCUGAAGGAGGAGAUGGCUCGUCAUCUGCAGGCAUACCAGGACCUGCUCAAUGUCAAGCUGGCUCUGGACAUCGAGAUCGCCACGUACAGGAAGCUGCUGGAAGGGGAGGAGAGCAGAAUUUCAAUGCCUGUCCAGAGUUUCUCCACUCUCCACAUACGAGAGACGAGCCUGGAAUCUAAAGGCACCACUGACGUUCAAGCAAGAAGGAAUAUUCUGAUAAAGACGGUGGAGACGCGAGAUGGUCAGGUUAUUAAUGAGUCCAGCGCAGAACGCAAGGAAGCGGCAUAAUUGAACAUUCCAGCCCAGUGCAAGAACACAUUAGUGUGGAAACUCCACUGUAGUUCGCUCGCACACCUAGAGUAGAUCUUUGCAGCCACAAUCGUAGUAGGAUGGGAAAGAAAGGAAGUGGAAUCUUGGGAUUGUGUGACACGUCAGCAUGUAGAAACAUUGAAACAUAGAAAUUAGGUGCAGGAGUAGGCCAUUCGGCCCUUCGAGCCUGCACCGCCAUUCAAUAUGAUCAUGGCUGAUCAUCCAACUCAGUAUCCCGUACCUGCCUUCUCUCCAUACCCCCUGAUCCCCUUAGCCACAAGGGCCACAUCUAACUCCCUCUUAAAUAUAGCCAAUGAACUGGCCUCAACUACCCACUGUGGCAGAGAGUUCCAGAGAUUCACCACUCUCUGUGUGAAAAAAGUUCUUCUCAUCUCGGUUUUAAAGGAUUUCCCCCUUAUCCUUAAGUGUACAAUGUACAAAUAUACAAUUACCUGUACGUGGGAAGGGCCUUCAUCCCUCUGGUCCCUGUGCAGAUGGGCAUGGGAUGGUGACUCUCUGCACCUAUUCAAGUGAGCAGGGGCUUCAACCCUCUGUUCCUCGAGUAAGUGGGCAGGUGAUGGUGUCUCUCUGUCACUGGUUGAAGUAGGCAAGGGCUCCAUCUCAUUGGGACACUGGGAAUCCUCAGCAGGUUAGUUGGUGUUUGUGGAGAAUUCAGGUAAUUGACAUUCAUGGUGCUGAAAUCCCAACUUGCUCCAACACGGUAUCCCUGACCUAGAACGUAGAACAGUACAGCACAAGGACAGGCCCUUCGGCCCACGAUGUAUGUGCAGAACAUGAUGCAACAUCAUCUGCUGUGCAUCUACAGCACUUUGUGCAUUCAUUUUGGAUUAAUGAAAUCUGCUUUAAUAAAAGUUUUUUUUUUUUAAUGUCCUUCCCAUACUCUCCACAACAGCAAUGUCAUUGCUACAAACUUCAGAUAGAGCCUGAGGCAACAAACACCCUGUACAUGGGGAAUAAGGUAUUGUGCAGUAUCCCUGUACACAGCGAGACACUGCUGCUGCUGCUGCUGCUGCUGCUGCUGCACAAACUGCAGGCUGUCACCAAACUCCCGGAUGCCAGAUUUCUACCUUUUACUGGAGAGAUUAAAGAAGCCACGAUGCCACAGCACCUGUACGUCAUCACCUCCAGCGACAGCAGAAGGAAUAGAAUAGACCAUAUGCAAACCACGGCAAAUGCUGUUCAGAUUGACUGAGAUCUGAAUGUGGCAGCACCUGUUUUAACUGUAGCAACGGAAGAAACCUUAAUAUUUUUUUGGUCUCCAUUUAUUCUAACCACUUUCUGUAUUAACUCCUUGUUACUGUUCUGUAUACACAUCGCCUCUGCCUAAAAGGCUGAUUGCUUUUCUAAUGCAAAUGUAACAAUAAAAUGGCGUGAAAAUCA